GAAGGCGUUGGGGCCUCGGUCCGCGCCGUGCUAGGCAGCCUUCCGGGAGCUGCUCUGAUGUUCCGCCUGAGACGCCGGCGAGCGUGAGGGUGCUGGGGAGAGCUGGCUUUGUUCACAGCCCUCUCUCUUUAAGGCCCUGUCAGGCUGGGCGGUUUUAAUGAGGAGAAAUGGAAGAGCUGGCCAGGCCAGGCAGGACCCGUCUAGCCUGGCGCUGAGCCCGGUUCCGAAGCGGUAAGGGAGGGAACUUCUGUCCUCUUAAGACCAGGCCAGCCAGCAACACGCGUGUUUCUCAGAGUUACCUGAAAAUCGUCUGUAGCCAGGCAACCUUUCGCUGGAAAGCAUAAGCUGCUUCUUAAAUGUAGGCUCCGUGAAGCAUUUAUUGUAAUUCUCAGCACAGAAAGCUCCGUGCUAGGAAGAAGAACCAUCACCUCUUUGUAGCUGCACUGUGGGGCCCUCAGGAGCAGAGGAAGAGCAGUGACUUUGGCUGCUGAGGAUCACUGGCAGAGGAUGAUGGGGAGCUCACAGCAAGCUGGAUGGUGCAAGAAGCCUACAUCACUCACAAGCACAAGAGCUACUUUGAAAGCUGCCAGGAAGACCAUGUGCACUGUUGUUCUGCUCACCAUCACUGUGGUCACAGGAGCUGGAGGGAGAGAGGACCUUGCAGAGGGAGGUAAUACCCUGGCCUGUAACAGUGCAGAGUUCAAGAGAGUGUCAGUGACCAUAGGUAAGAGCCCUGUGCUUAUCUGCCCACACAAAUCGAAUAUAGCCUGGGUAGCAUGGAAAAUAAGCCCCAAGGUUGGAGGCCCCUGCACCUUGGGAUACAGAGCUGAUCACAACAAGACAGACAGAACAAACUGCAGUGACAGCAUGAACUGGAAAUCCAGACCAGACUGGGAUCCUGCCCUUGAGAUACGGCAAGUGGGUAUUGCCCAUGAGGGAAAUUACACCUGUGAAGUAGUAACAGUAGAUGGGAAUUUCCCCACGACAUACCUCCUGAGUGUGCUGGUCCCCCCCAGGCUGAGCCUGUACUGUGAUGGCCACGGGAGCCACGUGUGCGAGGCAGCAGCAGGGAAGCCGGCUGCCUGGGUCUGGUGGGUCCCAGGGGGCAACUCCACCCCCAAGGAAGAAAGCCAUGGCAAUGGGACAGUGACUGUUCUCAGCAAGUUCACGGCCCACAACACCAGCAUGACUAAUGCAACCUGUGUUAUGUUCCACCCAGCAGGGAACCAGAGCAAGUCCAUAACUUGUCAUCCCUCAGGGAACAGUGCAUGGCUUCUGUCAUGUGUCUUCAGCCUUGCUAGUCUCCUGGGCCUUCUCCUUCUGCUUGCUGUUCUGCAGCUCUGCAUCUUCUGUGAUAGCAGGACAAAGAGAAACUAGUACAAGGCAUCUUCCAUCUGCAGAGCUGUGGGGGCCUAUCUCUAACUCAGCACCUGAGCAGAUAAAAGAAACUCCCAGUACCCUUCAGCCAGAACUGUGACACGAAUCCAGGAUUCACCGGUACCAAACUGCUCAGGAGAAAGAAGAAAACACCUGCAAGGCACCCUGUGUAACUCUGCAGAAACAUGUCAGGGCAGGGCCUACCCGACCCUUGCAGCUCCAUGUCAAAUACACUGUAUGCUAGUAUUUAAGUAGCAUGUCUCAUACUAUAAAAUACAUCAGAAGACAUUUUCUUGCAUACUGAUGAACAGCAGCCUUCCCAGGAUGAUCACACAGACCUGAAACUAAAUUUGAGCAACUCUCAUUUUCACUGGAAGAAUUUUGAAGUGUUUCACCAGUAGUUGCAAAAAAGGGAGAGAGAGAAUAUUUGAGCUUGAGAAGUUAUUGCUCCUUGAAGCAUAGGAGUUAUUAGAAUCCUGAGAUCUUAGCCUCACACUCGUUUACCUCUUUGUGUAACCCAGAGAGCUGCAGCCCACAGAACACAGCUUUCUAAUAUUAAUUUCUUUAAACACAUCUUCCUGCUCCUGUCUCAAGGGAGCCCUGGAGUUUAAUCUUUCUUUUGAUGACACAUUGCCACUACUAAGGCUCUAAACAUAGCUGUGCCAUCUCACUCCUCCAUGUUCAGCAGAAAUCGACAUGUCAUCUUUAUUACUGUACAGAAGAUGCUACUCCACACUGCAAUGUGGCUGGAGACCUUUUACACCUGCUGCAUUCCUUCAAUUUGCUGAAUGUCUGUAAUGAGAUAUUAAUGAUAUUCCUGUGAGAUGUCAGCUUACAUAAGGGUGGAAGUGGGAAGGUACUGCAGGAACACCUUUGCUAGGCAUUGCUACCCUCUGUGCACUUCACAUGUCAGGCCUUUGUACACUCUUCACAUACCUUCCAGCCCCAGACUGUUUUGGUUUUGUUCUUGGUUGUUUUGUUGGGGUUUUUUUGGGGGGGUUGUUCGGUGUUGGGUUUUUUUUUGGUUGUUUGGGUUUUGUUUGUUUGGUUGUUGUUGGCUUUUUUUUUUUAAUUAGCUAUGCAAUUUUUUGUUUUGGAUAUUAGUUACACAGAUCUUCAGCUCUGAGCCAGCAAUCUGGGCUUGGGGCAUUAAUAUGGUACAGAGAAGGUAAAACACAAAAGCCAAGGUACUAAAGUCCUCUGGGCUUUGGGGGCUCUUUGGGGACUGCAAGCCUGCAAAAGUGUCUACAAACCUCAGCAGUUCUGAGGGCACCAAUGACGCUCAGCCAGAUUUAUCAGCUGUGUUCUAGUGCCUUGUGCACACACACAAGGUUUAGGGCUUAGGGCUGACCAAAACCAGUGAUUGACCAGGCCCCCAGACCAGAAGAAUCCAUAUCUGAGGCUGUGAGAUAGCAUUGCAAGUUCAGGGAGGAAGAGAUGAUAGAGAACAGAGAACUCCAUGGCUUCCACAAAGCUGGAACAUGAUCCUGAUCUUUGUGGGUCAUUCACUGCCACUACCCAUGACUGACCAGAUCUCAGUCUAUGUGAGCCUCAUUUCACAUCUGAACCAAAUCCUGAAGGUUAUAGGGCCAAAACCUCACUUCAACUUCAGCAGUAAUAAUAAAAAAAAUAUCAAGCUUUUCAAUCUCAGCACACUAACAUAUAGAGCUGCUUUCUAGCUUUAUACAGAAAAGGAAAUGUCACAUCACUGCACUUUCUCCCUCAUGCAGCUUUUCUACCACUACCUCACUGCCCCUCACCCUGUCCUGGUGCAGCUGAUAAACUGGUGUAAAUCACUGCCUGGGGUGGUUUCUGCAGAAUGACACCUGCAGGAUGCAGACAAGAUUUCUGCUUGGCACAGCAGAAAUUGCUCUUUUCACAGUUACAUACAGAGCCCCAUUCUGUCCAACUGUUGUCACACGUGGCUGUUCGGUCACAGCAGAGUCUGAACUCUGCAGAGCUGACACACAGCAAACUCAAAGGCAAGAGCUAGAAGAAUAUACAAUUCAGAGGCUAACAAUAUUAGUGCUAAUUCUUCUUGGUCACCUAACUGUUUUAGCAAAAGCUCAGCAAGCAGAAAACCACACUGACUUUACUUGAUAUUUGUAACUAUCCUGAUAACGGAGUUCCCACAGUGCACGUCAACUGACUGCACGCAAGUUGAUCCUGAGUUGAUACUCAGCUAAGUCUCAUCUCUGCAGCAGCUGAGCCAGCGUUGAGCAGCUACACAUGCAAACCAAUGUGCAAACAUGUGGCUUCUCCAGCAGCAGCCUCAACACCCACAAAGCUGCGCUCUGCUUGGCUCUUACUAAGGACUUUAUAGGCAAGGGGAGUACAUGGAGAAGAUUCAUCUUCCUUUCUUCACAAACUGCAGGGCAAGUCAAAAUUUCAGAAAUAUCAACAAAGAUGUGCCCUAGGUUAACAACAGCCCACCAGUGUUGGCAGUAUUCAGGAUGUGUUCUUAUUGAGCUCUACUAAAUACAUUUAUUUUCCUUUCCCCCAGAUUACUCAGGUCUCCAGCCAGAAAUAAAAAUACCUGACAUCCUU